AUGCUAGUAGCAGACCUCGCUGAUCUUUACAAGAACACCACGGACGCAGACUUGCGCUACAUGGCUCUUCGAGAGCAUGUGCUGGCCGUGCGCACGCCCACGGACGAAAAGAACACUCAGGAGCUGAUGUCACGUGUUCUGAUUCCUGCCCUGCACGAUGAGACCAGCGCGGUGCGUGAGCUGGUUUCCACGCAGGUGAUACCGCAUGUAGCUCGUGUGAACCCGGAGCUGGCGGAAGAAUAUGUUGUGGUACCGUUGUGCGUCGAGCUACAGCGCUGCGCUAUCGGCAACACAAGUGCAAAUGCGACAGACGCACCUCACACGCUUCAGGCACUCCAGAACGUGGUGAGACAGACUCAAUGGCAUUACAACUCCAGCGAGGCGCUGGAUAACUAUGUGGGCUAUCUGUCGGGAGCGCGCGAGCGGCCCUAUAUCGCUUGGGAGUCGCUAGCGUUGCUACUGGAGAGUGCACCCGCUAAUCACGUGACCGCGCAGACGUAUCACUCUCUCUAUGCGCUGGCACUCGAGGACAAGCGGGCGGCGACCUUCCGGCCUCUACAGAUUGCCACGUCCAAGGUAUCUCCAGAUAUUGUGAAGUCAGCUUUCUUGAAGCAUGAGCUCACGGAACCCCAUUGUGCGCUUUUGGCACACACCACAAAAGAAAAAUACGCAUUCAAAGAUUGUUACGAAGACCUCAUAACUUUUGUUCUUCGCAACUUACCCAAACCUGAUCAGUAUUCUGAUCUCUAUGAAAUCUUAAUCAAUCUUUUAGUGUGGAUGGAGCAGCCGAAAAUGGGGCCCACCUGUCAGUUAAAGCUGCAAUUAUGGAACCGUACCAUCGCGCUGUGUGACAACGUUCUUGUCCAGUCUCAAGCGGAAGCUCAAUCGGACUCUGAUGAUAUCGAUUCGGAAAACGACGCCUACCUUGCUGAACUAUCAGACAACGAGGAUGAAGUGCUCGAAUUCGAUGACGACGAGGAGACUUCUCAGUUAGACUAUGUGCUGAAGUUACUGGUACUCACAGCAUAUGACAUUCCGCUUGAAACUCAAAAGCUGAUGAUGAAAACUGACCUUAAAAUGGAGUCUUUACUCGAGCUUGUCCGCUCCAAAAAUAUUGGUUAUGAUGUAUUGGUCGAACAAUUCUCGGAUGCUGUUGACUCGUCAUUGAUCGCAGAAAUGCCCCUAGAAUUCGUUCAAAAGCUACCCAACACUCCACUGAUAAUUAACAGAAUUGAAUCAUUGACAGGAGAAUCACAAUUGCCCUCCGACGUUAACUUCGAGAAUGUAAAAGACAUUGUACUUGGCAUACCCCAGUUGUUUAACAAUACACAGAAGGAUAUCGUCUAUUUCAUACAGAAUAACUUGUCGAUUGAGACAGAUGAUCUACUCCGCUUGCAAGAAGCUGUUGAGCUGGCAUCUCUUGCAUGCAAGCGUGAAGAGUUUUUGGCUGCUCAUGAUAACUUAGCUCUGUCGCUUCUUCCACACCUCAAGCCAAACAAAGCCUUCAUCAAAACGAUAAAAGUCGGUAACAUGAAGCAAAAUAUUGACGAUGGUGUGACAUUAAGGUUGAACUGUUACGCUUUACUUCAACAACUAAAUAUCAGUUACGGAGUGAAGUGCUUGCUUCUUCAAGAAUGUAUUGAGCGCGGACUUAAAGACGAAGCACUUGUCAAAGAAUCGGCGGUUUCUCUGUUAUUGGAAACGCUUCAUAACGCGUGGACCGAAUUGCGUAUCCGUGAUAAUAUUUGGCUACGCGAAACACUUUUACCUCGUCUCAUCGAGCGUAUAGAUAAAUUUUACGGAAGUCCGUUACAAGCCAGUGCCACCUCCCAACAAAUCGCUGAACGGGAAAGAAGCAUUAGAUGUAUGGACCGCUUGAAACUAUCAGUUGACCAGUACAUCACGGUCACUACAGACGAACCUGAUGUACCCUUGUAG